GGGAUUUGCUCUGGGAUUGCCAUAGUAAGGGCGAAUUUGCAACAGUUUCCUAUGCCAGCAUGUCCCUCAAAGUCAGCUAUUAUGUACUGUGCAGCUCUCAAGAGAUGUGUGGUGCUUUUCUGUCUCCUUUCCUCUGGAUAAAAAAAAACACGGUACUAAAGAGUACAUGAAGGAUGAUUAGGAAUGUGCAGUUCUAUGCAGAGAUCUCCCCUAGGUCCUGGGAAGAGGGGGGGUGAGUGCAGCCUCAUGGCUGGGGUGGCCCAGUGCUUUCCUGCAGGAGAUAGGUUGGUGACAUCUCUCAUGGAUGUCACUCUGGACAGUCCUGCACCCGCUGCUUCCUUGCACAAGGCAUCAGCCAGCCCAACACCCUUUACACUUCAUACAACAGCACAGCCCUGCCUGUGCACCACAUCCUUUUCUAAGGCCUCACAGCAGAUGACUUGAAUUCUUUAAGUCCCAUUUCUGACUCUUUGGUGGUCAGGAUGCGACCUUUUUUCCUAUGGUACAGCAAUACAGACCUUUAAGGCAAUGACCAUCACCUAAUUUUAGACAGCUUAAAGCUGCAGUUAAUUUCCAGAUUAUAGUUUGCCAUGCCUUUGCACUUCGGGUUACUCUAACAGCGUGGCUUUUUGUUAACCUUGUUAUUUGACUAACUAUCUGUGAGGUCAAACUACCCUGCCCUAUCUGAUACAGUGACAUGGAAACUACUAUGCUUACAUUGACAACUUUCACAAAUGUGGAGCUGUGUUCCUUUGUCAUUAACCCAGGGCUGAGCUCCCUGAGCUAGAAGAGCUAUAAAGGCUUAGGAGUGACACAGUAUCCUUAACUGACCUUAGCAUGUACUUGAUACACAGCAGAAUGUCUAGUCAGAUCACAGAACACCAGGCAAAUCCAGAACCCAGUGUCAAAUACUUUUUGUCUCCCUAGACAUUAUUCCCAAGAGUCUUGAACACUGAGCAAAUAAGAACACCAUUUUUAUUUUUUAGACUUUUUAGAGCUCCCUGUUCCUAUGGAUCUGUGACAUUAAAUGUAUGUUUCUUCCUACUGUGAGUUAUUAAAGUGUGAAAUGGAUUGCAGAUGGGUUUAUAAUGUUGGAGGAAGACUUUUCCUUCAAUGUUUCUUCCCUGGGAGUUUUUUUUUCCUAGGAGGAACUGAGCUACUAAUAUGAACAGAAUGUGAGCCAAACCUCGUUCUCCUCUGAAACUGCAUAUGUCUGUUUUCUGUUUUUGCAAAUAAAGAGCUCACUAAAAGCCAUCAUAUUAGUGUUUAAAGUAUGGGAAAUCAACCCGUGCAACCCAUGCAAUAUCUCAUAGGAAACAUGGCUUUUGGCAAUUGGCACAGUGGCUGUUUGUGCAUGACCAUGGACUGCUUGAGCACAUCUCAUCAAGGACUUGCUGCUGCCCUUCCUUCCUGAGCCAGCCCUGGCCUUUGCCUGGCUGCUGCUGUUGUUUCUGUGGGACAGCACUGGAUCCCUGAGAGUCCCUGGGCCCCAGGCACUUUCCAUCUGCCUGCUUUCCACAAAAGUUCUCUGUCCUUUCCUAAAGUGGGGAGGAGAAGAGCAAGGUUAGAAACAAAAAUACACUGCUUGAUGGAGCAGGGAGCUCACAGAGUCAGGAGUGGUAGUGCUCGAGCCACUGGGAUGUGCAGUCCCUGAGAAGCAUCGUUCUCCAGUGAGCCCUUGGUGUUGGAACAGUGCUGCCUGCUGCUAACACUGCCCCACUGUGGGAACAUUCAUGGGUAUUUCUGUCUCUUCUUUGCAGGAAUGACAAGGUAUGUAUGAAAACUGCUCUCAGACGCUUGCCAUCUUUCUGUUCUCUUUCUUGUACUGUGCCAGUGGAUGGAGGAUCUAGAUCAGGGUCAGGACUCACCAAAGGCUGUUUCUGCUUUGACUCCUCCAGGACAGGGCUACUUGUUGAGUAGCUGGCAACAUGAGGAUAAGGUGUAUCUGUGUGUGGAGAAGGGCAGCAGUGCAGCUCUGCAGGUUUUGCCAUCUGGAGUGGUACAGCCAUGAGCUGUUGGGGUUAUUUUUUUUAGUUUUUUCACUAGCUAGUUACAAUCUUUUUUCCGCUGUUGAGCAAUGCUCUCUUUCUUCUCAAACCUGAUGUAUCUUUUCUGGACAAAUAAGGUAUAUUUCUUUGCCAGGAAAAUGUGAUGCAUCUCUCUGCUGAUAAAUAUGGUAUGGCUCUUCAUCAGAGGCUCCUUAAAUGCAUAAUAAAAUGACCCAGUGUACACACAUGGGUCACCUGAACCAAUUACCUCUCUGCAUACUGAUUUAUCGCUCGAGGGCUUUUUAUGGUGCUUGCUUAGAAGGAGACAGAUGGAGCGUGAUAAACUCAUAAACCCUGUCAGGCUGACGCUUUAGUACAGGAUGUGUUGCUGCUGUGUUUUUUAAUGUCAUUUGAGUCAUUUAGGCUUAUUGAUAUUUCCUUUACAUUAACAUUUCUGCCUGUCAUCAAUCCAGUUGGCUGAUACAAUGGCAUGUGGGACUAGGUAGGCACAUUAUUAGAACUUGAAAACAUAUGUUUUUGUCCAGAAAUUUUGUCCAGAAAAUAUAUUUUCUUUCCUUGAAGCCUCUGUGAAUGACUAACCAGAACUGGGCCUUCACGCUGUCAUUUCUCUCUUCCCAGCUGGUAUAAAGAGGUUGGGUUGUGUGGUUACUACAGGAUUUUUAUUAACUUGACUCUUCCAGAUAUUGUGGGACUAUUUUUACAUUUAGGUUAGCUGAAAUGUACUCUCGUGUUAGCUUUCAGCUAACAGGACCGCUGUUAGGUGGUGGAGACACAUGUACACACCAAGGCAGCUGGGAGUGGAGAAGGUUUUAGGGGCUGUACCAAAAUACCAGCCUACAAAGCAGCGAAGGACAGAGCCUCUGUAGCUCGCAUUUGUUUCCCACUCUGCCUUGCUUCCAGGGAGAUCUGCUCUGUCACCUCAGUUUGUGUGAAUUCAGACCAAAGAAACCCUGUCUAAAUGGCCGAGAGCUUCCUCAGUUCCCAAUUUAGCUGCAAGCAUGUCGUGUUCUCUCCAACUCCCCCGCAGUGCUGGGGACCCUGUCACAAGGACAGAGUCCACAAGCCUGAACUUUAUAUUAGCCUUUUUCUCUCUGCAGAGAAUGUGAGGGAAGGGGUUGAUCCAUCCUAAAUGGUGGUUUUAAAAGCUUUUGCACCCUCUGAUUCAAUUUGUUUACCCAAAUUACUUAUUAGAAAGAACCUCAAACAUAAUACCAUGGCUCUUUUCCCUACAUGCUUGAAUUUGAGCUGAAGCCUUUACAAAGCAUGAUGCAAUUUUUUGGCUGUAUGUAGCCAUGGUGCAGCUCUGUUUUUUGACCUUGUAUAAGCUGCUCAACCAUGGAGCCUCUGGGGUGAGACCCCCUCUCUCAAAGACAGUACCUUCCCAGGAGCGUGCAGCAUGUUUCACUUUGGAACAGGAAGGGUGAGCAGCUCACAGCGUGCCCUUUCUCUCCCUUGCCUGUGGUGCAGAGAGAUUAUGGAGCUACCUUAAAUAAGCUCCAGCUAGGACUCUUAUCUUGGCCUUUGCAAACUAGCAGAAAGUUGAAGUGAUGACAGCAGAUAAGGGUGUUCACUUUUGAAGCUUAUUGGCUGGUUCUCUGAACUUUUUUUUCCCCUGGGAGCCAGUCAUUCAGAGGUUCAGCUGGCAUAGCCCGAUUGUUCUGCCCCGCAGAGCCCACGGAGCGGACACGAGGGGCUGGGGUCUGGAAGGGCAGAUCUUGUGUCACCAGCUGUCUCAGCUGUGUCACCUGCCUGGGGAUGAGACCUGCGUGAUCCCGUCAGCUGAGAGAAACGCGGGCUCGUGUUUUCCUUGACCUUUCUUCACCUUGGAGAAGUGCAGAAUGGAUCGUGGUUGGUAACUCCCCACCUCCCGGGCCUCGGGACGGUGAGGAGAGUUCAGCAGUGCUUGUGGUGGGAGCGAGGGAGCUGGGCUGGUUUGCAGCAGGCUUACACAUUAAACCAUCGUAUCAAACACACGCCGCGCUCUGACGAGAAAUGUAACCCGAGGAGAAAGGACACCAGUGUGUUUGAGCACGCUGAGGGAUUCUUGUAUGACCUGUCACUCUUUCAGUGCUGUAGCCUGAGCAGGUCUUACUGGUUUUUACCAAAGUGGUGGGAGCUGAAUGGGGUGUGGGCUCAUUUCUAUUCCUCCACAGGCAUCUCUACAAUCUUCUCUUCUCUUUUUUAAUUCCCCCCUGGAUCUAAAUCAGAGAAAUUGUGUCCAUCGAGUUUGCUGCCACCUGGGCUCAACCCAGCUGAACCAAUUUUGGAGGAUACCCUUGCUGCGAUCGUCUGGACGUGCUCCUAGGAGGAGAAGAAACUAAAGGAAUUUGGCAUCGUUGCUGUAGUUUGAGGAAAAACAUUCCUUCUGACUUUGGAGAGAGCUACAAGGAGGAUCUGUGUGAUGUCCUGAUCUUCCUUCACUUCCUGCUGAGCAUGGGGUAACAGUGUGUGACCAUGGUGGUCACUCAGUUACAGCUGGAACUGUGCUUCCACGGCAAGAAGCUGAGAGGUUUCACCUGCAAGUUGACCAGGUCAGCCAGUGGAUUUCUCCCAGAGACUUCAUUCUCCAUUGCCUCCCAGAUUUUUGUGCCGUUCCUUCUGGCUGGCUUGGGAAUGGUAGCUGCUGGCCUCUUGAUGGAUGUUGUUCAACACUGGGAUGUGUUUCGGACAAUUACAGAAGUGUUUAUCCUGGUUCCUGCCUUGGUUGGCCUGAAGGGUAAUCUGGAGAUGACACUGGCAUCCAGGCUCUCCACUGCUGCUAACACUGGACAGAUGGAUGAUGCCCAGAAGCAAUGGAAAAUGGCCACCUGCAAUCUAGCCCUUAUCCAGGUCCAGGCCACUGUGGUGGGGCUUCUGGCUGCUGUUGCUGCUGUGAUCCUGGGAGCCAUCUCCAAGGGCUCUGUGGAGCUGAGCCAGGCUGCUGUGCUGUGUGCCAGCAGCGUGACCACGGCCUUCAUAGCUGCACUUUCCCUUGGUCUGGUGAUGAUUGGUGUGAUCAUCGGAGCAAGGAAAGUUGGGAUCAAUCCAGACAAUGUCGCCACACCCAUAGCAGCGAGCCUUGGAGAUCUGAUAACCCUCUCCCUCCUUGCAGGAAUCAGCAGUACACUCUUCAAAUACAUAGAUGUGAAGUACCUUUCUCCUCUGAUCUGUGCUGUCUUCAUUGUCAUGAUCCCUCUCUGGGUUGCUAUUGCCAAGCAAAGUCCUUCCCUGGCCGAAGUCCUGAAGUCUGGGUGGCAGCCGGUUAUUGUUGCCAUGAGCAUCAGCAGCAUUGGAGGGCUCAUCCUGGACAAAACUGUGACUGAUCCAAACUUUGAAGGCAUGGCAGUUUUCACACCUGUGAUAAAUGGUGUUGGGGGGAAUCUGGUUGCCAUCCAAGCCAGCCGAAUUUCUACAUUCCUGCACUUCUGGAGCAUGCCUGGAGUUUUGCCCUACAAGAUGAGGCAGAACUGGCCCAACCCAUGCACUACAUUCUUCUCAUCAGGGGUGAAUUCCAAGUCAGCCCGGGUCCUGUUCCUCCUGGUUAUCCCAGGGCACCUCGUGUUCCUCUACACCAUCCAUCUGCUGCAGGGAGGCCACACGUCCCUGUCCUUCACCUUUGUGAUGUUCUAUCUGGCUGCUGCUUUGCUGCAGGUGGGGAUCCUGCUCUACGUGGCCGACCUGAUUGUGCGCCUGAUGUGGAGGAAGGCUCUGGACCCAGAUAAUUUCUCCAUCCCCUACCUCACAGCCCUGGGUGAUCUCCUGGGCACCGGGUUCCUGGCCAUCUGUUUCCGCCUCGUUUGGCUCAUCCACGGCACAGAAAUGAACCUGGGGAACUGAGGCUGCUCUCAUCCCUCGUGCGAUACGGUGCUUUCCUCCCGGACACCGCUGGGAUCAGCGCCGGCUCACCCGGCUGGGCUGGGCCUCCCCUGCCACCCCGACACCCCCUGCCCUCCCCACCGUGCCUUAAAGCCGGGCUCGCUGAGGAAUCAGCACCCCCAGCCCUCACAAGUGAGCAGGAUGGUUUUAAGAACACCUGCUGCUCACACCUGCACCUGGCAAAGGAGGCAGCAAGGAGCGUUUGGGCCGCUGGGAAGGAAGGAGCUCCUGGGCCGUGGUCUCAGCCCCCAGCACUGACACAGCCCUGAGCCCGCUCCAAAGCCUGCCGAGGGCACUGCGGCUGAUCCUGCAAGUGGAUGUUGCAUCCCUCCAUUGGACUCUGACUUUCCAUCAAGGGAAAUUCUUUAUUUGCCCCACUUUUCUCCUGCUGAAUCCCUGGAGUAGCAGAGCAACCACGUCUUUAAACUUGUCUCCUCUCCAUUGCUCAGAGGCUCAGGAUCUGAGGCAGUGAGUUGCUGGCUCAUGCCCAGCAGAAGGUUAUCUAGGGAUACUACAUACCUGCCCUGACAGCAUUGCUGGUGCCUGACCAAAAAGCUGGUUAGAUGGCAUUUUGAGGGCAGGAAGGUUUGUUUUUACGGUUUAUGAAAUGUCCAGUAGUUAAAAUGUUUAUAGAAACACACACAUAAAUAAAGUGGGUAAAAAAAUAAAUGUAAUGCUGUGGA